AUGUAUCAAGCUGAUAGUCCCGCACAUAUCCUUCGUAGGCUCCCCUGUCAUAACAUGCUUUCAGCUCUCAUCAUAGGUUCUUGCGUGACCUGCACAGAUCCCAUUCUUUCCCAAGCCAUUGCCAAAGGCCCUUUUGCUGACAAUUAUGUCCGCCGACAUCUCCGCGAAUUCAUCUCCUCCGAGGCAGGCGGCAAUGACGGAUUUGGUUUUCCAUUCCUGCUGCUCGGCCUAGCACUCCUCCGGUACGCUGACACUCCUGCAAACGCCGUAGUAUUGGAAGAGUUUGAUCUCGCUAGAGGGGGCCCGGAUUUCCUUGGGGCCAUUGAUGUCGGACGCUUUGGAGGUGGCGUGGGCAAGGCUUUGAAGCAUUGGUUUGUCGAAGGGUUCUUAUACAUGAUCGUCCUAGGAGCUGCUUAUGGGAUUACUGUUGGCUUCCUAUGCCGUAAAGCCAUCAACUUGUCGUCCAAGAGAAAGUGGAUUGACCCAGGGAGCUUUACCCUAGUCCCCGCAGCGCUGGGGGCAUUUAUUGUGGGUUCAUGCGGCUGCUUUGGCUCGGAUGAGACACUGGCCUGUUUUGUUGCAGGUAACAUGCUGAAUUGGGAUGGACUGUACAAUGCCGAGCUUCAGGCCCGACAUGACUCGUUCAACUCUUCGCUUGAGACCGUUAUGAAUUACAUAACAUUUGGGUACCUUGGUGCAGUCAUGCCAUGGGAAGAGUUCCAUAUGCCCGACGCCACUGGCAUCACUUUCCCACGCCUUUUUGGACUGGGAAUGAUGAUUCUAGUCUUUCGCCGUAUUCCAGCCAUUAUGGCAGGAUAUCGGUUCAUGCCGGCGGUCUGCAGCAACUGGAGGGAGGCUUUGUUUAUGGGACACUUUGGGCCAAUCGGCAAGUGCCAUCCAUGGACUUCUGUCUGGUAUCUACUAACGACCGAAGGUGUUGGAGCUAUUGCAUACGUAGAGUAUGCUCGGCGACUGUUUCCUGACCGAGGAGAAAGCGACAGAGAGAUAAAUAAUCUAACAGCUGCCAUGAGGCCAGUCGUAUAUUGGCUGGUCCUAUUCUCGAUCAUUGUACACGGCCUGUCUGUCCCCAUCCUUUACGUGUUCUACAAAGCCUUGAAAGUUCGAAAGGUCCACGAUCACCCAGUGGAGGUGGUUCUCUUAUCCGAGAACGAACCGUUGCCGAACAACAGCACUGUCGACCGACAGCGACACUCGGUGCUGGUCAACAACCGAUUCUCAGAGCCAAACCAUCUCCACGUCCUGAACGACGACCCAGAUGAGGAGAAGGAGGAGGAAUCGGCCGAUCUGCGAGGGUCCAGUGAGAGAAUCCGGCCACGGAGCAAGCGCAGUUCGAUGUCUUACAGUCUGGCUACGUCGGCCUCGGGCGAAUCAAGCCAACGUACAGGCCGCGAAGCAGAUACAACGGACAUGACGGGGCAGGUCUGGGAUGAGAAAUCAGUCAAGUCCUACGGAUGGGAUUUAAGAGAGAGUUGGGCACGCAGAACGUACGCUUCCGCAGGAGCUGCAGCUCUUGUUGUCGCUGGUGAUGGUAGCACCGCACUUGGGACAGGCGUUGUGGGCCAUUUUUUCGUGGUUGGUGUUAUUCGCUUUGCGACUGAGAGUGUCUGUCUAUACGUCGGCAUGGACUACGAUAGAGAGCCCAGCAUCUCCUUCACGAGCCUCGGUCUCCUAAUACUUGACGACAUUCGCUUUCCGGGCCAUGUACCCUUAACAGAUGUUUUGGGGGGCUCAGGAGCGUAUGCCACACUCGGUGCUCGAUUGUUCCUUCCUCCUCCACUUAGCAAUUCUCUAGGUUGGAUGCUGCAUAUUGGGAAUGACUUUCCGGAACCAACGCGGUGUUUCCUGGAGAGUUGGGACGCGACACUGAGAGUAGAGAAGGAACUUGCGAAGCCAUCAACGAGAGGCUUGCUGGAGUAUAAGGAUACCACAUUCGGACCCAAAACCUUCAAGUAUACGACGCCAAUUCUCCAAGUCGAGACUAAUAGUUUAAACGGCACACCCCUUCUAGCGUCAAGAGCAUAUCAUUUCCUCGAGUCUCCUCAGAUCAUCAAGGCUCGAGUUGCGGACAUUUUAGCUCUCAGAAAGAGCUCCGGCAUGCUGAAACGCCCACUUAUCAUCUGGGAGCCAGCUCCCCUCUCCUGCAAAACAGAAAACUUGCAACCGUGCAUCGACGCCGCCCAAACGGUCGACGUAUUCUCACCGAAUCACCUGGAGCUAGCAAGACUCUGUGGAGAACCGUCACCCGCCGGCGACAUGGAUAGGGAAAAGAUCGAGUCUCUAGCGCAGAGGUUUUUGGAUGCAGAGAAAGGCGUUGGACCCGAUGGUAAGGGAAUCGCCAUAGUCCGAGCUGGCGAGCAUGGCUGCCUUGUAUGCGCGCGCCUUAUAUCGCCUACAUGGUUACCGCCCUUCUAUAAACCCGGGAAUGGCAACAAAGUGGUCGAUCCGACCGGGGCAGGGAACUCCUUUCUUGGAGCGUUUGCCGUUGGGUAUAUCCAGACAGGAGAUGCCAUUGAAGCAGCUUGCUAUGGGUCUGUCGGCGCAUCGUUUGCCCUGGAGCAGGUUGGGAUGCCGGAAUUAGCUGCAGACGAAGGUGCUCCGGAGGCUGGAGAGCUGUGGAAUGGCGAGCGUGUUCUUGAGCGGUUGAGGGAGUAUCGACGAACUCUUGGGUUACUCGGGCGAUGA